AUGAAGGUGACGCUGAACGUCGUCUCUUUGCUCGCGGCCCUCCUGGGCAUUUUAAGCUUCGUCUUCUUGGCGGUGGCCAUCGGGACCGACUUCUGGUAUGUAAAGGACGCUUCUAAACUGGAGGAGCUGGGCAAGCACGCCGACACACUGAGCUCCCAUUCAGGACUCUGGAGGACCUGCGGCUUUAACAACGAGUGCCUCCCUCUGGUCAACCCUUUUCAGUCUGCGAGGCCAAACAUCACCUCUUCCCACAGGCAGGUACUAAACAUGCACGGCGCUUUUCUGACCCUCCUGCCUCUCAGCCUCAUCUUGAUGAUCUUUGCAGCGCUGAGCGGCUUCUUCAGCCUCCGGACCCAGGCCCAAUUCUUCCUGCUGGUGACGGGGUUUCUCUUUCUCUUCGGAGCUCUCCUCACGUUGGCUGGGGUCAGCGUCUACAUUGCCCACUCCGCGGCGGCCUUCAAGGAGGCCGUCUUUCUUCUGGGCGGGACCAAGCUCCUGGAAGGCCUCCGCAUCCGGUAUGGCUGGUCCAUGGCGCUGGCCUGGCUCUCCUUUGCCACCGAGGUCCUGACCGGCCUGGCAUUUCUCCUGGCCGCCAGGAUGGUGGCCCUACAGCGGAAGCGGGACUGCUCCAUUUGA